AUGUCGUAUUACGAACAAGCUGGCUCAAGUGCAGCUGGUAUCGAUCAUCGACGCAAAUGGGAUCAGACUGAGUAUGAAAAGAAGGCAUUGGAACGAAUAAAAGCAGAAAAAUUGGAAGACCCUACCAAGAAAAGUUUCAAAAUAAAGGAGGAACCUAAAGUAAAAAGAGAACUGCUGAAGGCCAGAGACUACAAGGUUGAUCUUGAAUCGAAAUUGGGUCGAUCAGUUGUGAUAAACAAAACCACACCAGCAGCUGAAACUGGUGGUUACUACUGUGAUGUAUGUGAUUGUGUAGUCAAGGACUCGAUCAAUUUUCUCGAUCAUAUAAACGGCAAAAAUCACCAAAGGAAUAUGGGAAUGUCAAUGAAGGUUAGAAGAAGCACACUGGAUGACGUCAAAGAGCGCUUCAAACUCAAGUUAGCGGAAAAGGAGUAUGAAAAGAAACAGAAGAACUUGGAAGAAAUACUCGGUGAUGUAUAUGAAGAAGAAGCCAAAAUGAACGACUAUAAAAAGGAAAAGAAAGCUGAACAACGAAAACGAAAGCUGAUCGAAUCACUUCCCGAAGAGGAUGAUUUGGAUCCUGAACUCAAAGCAAUGAUGGGUUUUGGUGGUUUUGGGACAUCUAAGAAGAAAUAG